CCCACCACCAUGCGGGUAACAAGUGUGAUCCGCUCCGUGGUGCUGCUCCUCACCCUGCUGGGCACGUGGUUCAUCAUGCAGACGUACUUCCAGCACAGCUGGAAAGCCAUCAGCCUGCGGAGCUGGCUCGGUGCCACGAAGAAGCCCAGCAGCGAGAAGCUGCCCCGGCACAAGUGUGGGAACCAGAAGAGCUGCCCCCAGAAUUAUUUUGCCUUCAAGAUCAUCAGUGGUGCUGCAAAUGUGGUGGGACCCUCGAUCUGCUUUGAAGACUUGGUCCUCAUGAGCAGCGUGAAAAACAACAUUGGCAGAGGCCUGAACAUUGCACUGGUGAAUGGAACAACUGGGAAGCUCCUGAAAACCGAUGCCUUCGACAUGUACUCUGGAGACGUUGCCAAGCUGCAGACCUUCCUCCAAGGGAUCAAGCGUGGCACCCUCGUGCUGACAGCAAGCUACGACGAUGCUGCCACAAAGAUGAAUGACAAAGUACGGGCAUAUUUCACAGAGCUGGGCAGCAGCCACGUGGGCAAGCUGGGCUUCCGGGACAACUGGGUCUUCUUGGGAGCAAAAGGGCUGAUGAACAAGAGCCCCUUUGAAAAGCACAUUAAAAAUGAUAAAGAGACAAAUAAAUACGAGGGCUGGCCUGAGCUGUUGGAGAUGGAGGGCUGUGCCCCCAGGAAGAUGGACUAGCAUCAAACUCCAGCCUGCCAUGGAGAGCAGCCUCACCAGUCCCACA